GACAGGUAACCACCCCAGCAGCUCACCUUAGAUGUGAGAAAGAGGCAGAGGAACAACACGCUCAUCCUCACUUUUCCUCGCUGUUUUUGUGAUCUACCGACGAACAGGCUCAAAUCUAGUGGCAGGUUUGCUUUUCAACAUGGCUCCAAAAGGAGGAGCCAUUCUCUUCGUGCUCAUUGUGUCUUGUGCAGCUUUGGAUGGGAUGGCUGACAAUAAACCUGUCUUCAAAGAGGUCAAAAAACUGAUGAAGUUAUGCCAGAAAAAAGAAUACCCGCUGCCUUCAAUGAUGCUGCUGAAAACUGUCUUCAACAACAGUGACAUGCCUAUUAAAGACAGAAACAUGGACCAAUCCGAAAACUUCCUGUCUACUUUCAUGAGUGUCCUGAAUUCAAUGCUUCCUGUCAAAGACUCUACGGACCGAGUUCCUCCAGACGACAUAGAAAAAAUGACAGAGAUGAUGUUGAACUGCACCCGUCUUUCGAAAAUGAUCAGGAUGAUGAAGAACUCCUCUGACCCAUCCAUGUGUUACAUAAAAAAAUUCAUGGCUUCUCUGUCCUACGCAACUCUGACCCAGGAGUGUGUGAACUCUGAUGACUAUGACACACUUUUGUGGGCUGCAAAACCUAAUGUGAUUGGCUCCUCCUCUUCAAAGUUGUUCCUCCCUGCAAGAGCAGAGAGCCGCUUUGAGAAGUGGAUGGAAAUGCUGCAGUCACUGCACGAUCUAAUGUCAGAAAAACAAAGAAAACAGGUGUGGAAAUGGGCAAAGGAACAGAUCAUCAAGAAAAACUUUAACUGUACAACAAAGCCGCCAGCUGACUCCAAAACAACACACAUGAAGUCCUGCAAACCUUCAGUGAAAUGGCUGAAUAAAGUGGCAUUGAUGGCACUGGGACGUUUCCUCUCUUUUUUACCAGUAAAAGAUGUUGACUCUUUGGUCAAGCCAUGUGAUCUUUUCUCUGAAACGUCUGAGGCUGCCUUUGAUUUGAUGCUGAAGCCCGCUGUGGCUAAAAAGCUUCUGGAAAAAUUCAAAGAGUGCUUCAGAGGAGAGAAUUUUACAAAGAAUGUGGAAAAACUUGGCAAACUAGUUUGCUGGUAUUUACCCUCUGAAAACUUGACUCCUGACCUCAGUAAGAAACUCCUCCGUCAGAUUAAAGACUGUGACGAAGACAAGUGUCCCCAGGUCAAAAAGCUAAAGAGGAUCAUUUCCAAGUUUUUGCAGUCGAACAACAAUAAACCAGCACCACAGGAGCUCGGCAGUAGUCUCACCUCGUUGUCUCCUAGGCAGCUGUUUGCGUGUGAUGGGGAUGAUAUCAAAGAAGCUCUUAAAGAUCUUGGACCAAAUGUCUCAUGGACACGAGGCCAGAAGCGCACCUUAGUCAAAAAAUGCCUGGGUGAUAAGAAGUGCAAAGAGGUGUCGGUUCAGGAGCUGGUGGGUCUGCUUUCCAUCAUAACAGCAGUGCCAAGUUGUGUCUUCAAGAAAAUCAAAGCCAAGGAGCUCCUGGGGGACCAAGAAGCUCUGAACAGAUUGUGCAAAAAGAUGAGGAAGGGGCAGAUGAUGGCCAUGAUUCAGGGGAUGCGGAAUAAAAAUGUUGAUCCAUCAGAGCUGGUCAAAAAGCUGCCAGACCCUUGUUUCCAAAGUCUUCCCCCAAAACUUCUGGGGAAAACAAUCAAGUCUUUGAAACAACUGGAGGGCAAAACGUGUACUGAGAGCCAGGCUCUUACAGUGGUAAAAAAUCUGUUUGCCAAGACGAGGCUCAUAUUCAGGAAUCUGCGCCCAGUCAUUAAAGGAAUAACCUGUGAGAUAAUUGAGAAGUGUCCAGACAGUGAUGUGAUGACAAUGGUGAACGAGAUGGCAGAGACUCCAGAUAUGCUGUCCAAAGUGCAGAUAAGAUGUACUGCCAGAAGACUUUUUAAAUUCUUGAAGGAAAGGAAAGAAAAAUAUGACAUUGAUGAGAUUCCCCAAGUGUUUCUUCUUCUCCUGCCGCCUGAGAUAGUGAAGAAUCUCCCUGACUCUUCAUGCCCUGCCCUCCUUGAGAAGUUACAGGAGGCUGGCCUGACCUCAGAGCUGCUCCCUACCCGGUCCCUCCCUUUCUAUGAAAGAACUCUGCUUUGCAUCGGGAAAAACUUAACUGACCUAACUACAGAGGAUGUCCUCCAGUUUGGACCACUCUUGUGUGAGCUGUCUCCUUCCCAGCUGAGUCUCUUAGCUUCUGAUGUCCGCAACUCCGUCCUGGAGGAAAUGGCCUCCUGUCAGCAAAUACCUCGACACUACACGGCAGGACUAAUUAAUCUGAUCACCCAGAAUUAUGGGGAGCCACCUGAUUGGUCAUCUGAGACCCUGGUUAUGCUGGGUCCUCUCCCACUUCUGGACAACAAAACAAUCUCUGCUAUGCGAUGUGAGGACAUUGAUUCUCUUCGUUACUUGAAGCCAGACAGUCCAGGUCUGAAAAAAAAAAUCUUCAAGUGUGCCACAUCAAAUGAAGCACGCAGAAAAAGAGAAGUGAAAAACAGCAGCAGCUCCACACAUACUGGAGUAAUUACUGAAGACAUGAUUAGAGAUUUUGAAGGUCUAAAUGUGUUUUGGAGCCCAGCAGAACUGGAUGAUAUCAACGUGAAAACUUUCAAUGACACAAUGGAAACACUCGGAGAUGUAUCUGGCUUCAAUGAUGAGCAGCUUAAAGUCCUUGUUAAAAAAGCAAUACAGACCUCUGACCCGGUGUCCCAGAUGACUGAGAGUGAGAUAAGGAGACUUGGAUGUAUAAUUAAGGGCUUCUCUGAUGACAAACUGCAGAAACUCCCCAUCACACAGGACAUACUGGAGGAAAUCACCCACUGUGGCUGGAAGGAUUCACAGUUGGAGCUGCUGUGGAGGGCAGCUGUCAGACAUGACAAAGACAUAGCAGUACAGCAGCUAGAAGAGGCAGACUUGAUCUCUCUGAACUGUUUCAUCUGUGGCUUCAACUCCAGCGAGAUCAAGCAGAUCAACUUGGACAGAUUCAGGGGGGCUGUGAGUUCAAUAAAUGAUGUCCAUUGCCCCAGGACACAGCAGAUGAGAGAGCUUAUCAUAUCUGCGUUUGGAAAUCCCAGAGACUUUACCGCAGCGGAAGUGUCCAGCCUUGGAAACUUUAUUGCCCAGCUGUCUGCAGAUGAGUUUGCUUCUUUAAAACCACCACUCAUGUCAUAUUUCCGACCAUCCAGCAUCCCGCUCAUCCCACCUAAAAGCUUUGCAAGGCUCUCUGUUGAUCAGCUGAGGGCUUUAGGACCGGACAGCGCUGACAUGGUCACCAGAGAACAGCAGGCUUUACUUAGUAAAGAUCAGCUGUCUGCUCUCAACAGUGUCAAGGAAGGAACUGAUGACCAAACAUCAAAACCUCCCCAGGCGGGAGCUCCAUCACUGACCACCGAGGGGAGCUUGUCCUUCACCAAGCCCCUCCUGUUUCUCCUCAUGGGCUUCCUGCUGCUGUGAACAGUCGGCACAUCCAACUGUAAAACAAGCACACAUCCUCAGCCUAGCUGUUAUCAUUGUAGUUUUGAUAACCUGAUUCAUCAGCCUCACUGUUACAGAAUGUCUAAGGGACUUCCUGUGUAAACCAAAUAUUGGCCUAAUAACUUUAUUAUAAAAUAUAUCCACAACAUAAUCUAAUAAUGCAGGGAAUCUUUAAUCUUUUAUCCAGUUUUAUA